CCCCUCAGUGGCCUUGCGCCUGCAGUUUUUGGCUUUCACCCCCACCAGUGACCAAAGACUUGACCACUCAAAGUCCAGCUCCCCAGAGCACUGCUCAACAUGGACACCGGUGUGAUUGAAGGUGGAUUAAAUGUCACUCUCACCAUCCGGCUAUUUAUGCAUGGAAAGGAAGUUGGCAGUAUCAUCGGAAAGAAAGGAGAAUCAGUUAAGAAGAUGCGAGAAGAGAGUGGUGCACGUAUCAACAUCUCAGAAGGAAAUUGUCCUGAGAGAAUUAUCACUUUGGCUGGACCCACUAAUGCCAUCUUCAAAGCCUUUGCUAUGAUCAUUGACAAACUGGAAGAGGAUAUUAGCAGCUCUAUGACCAAUAGCACAGCUGCCAGUAGACCCCCAGUCACCCUGAGGCUGGUGGUCCCUGCUAGUCAGUGUGGCUCUCUCAUUGGAAAAGGUGGUUGCAAGAUCAAGGAAAUAAGAGAGAGUACAGGGGCUCAGGUCCAGGUGGCAGGGGAUAUGCUCCCCAAUUCAACUGAGCAGGCCAUCACUAUUGCUGGCACUCCGCAAUCCAUAGAGUGUGUGAAACAGAUCUGCAUGGUCAUGUUGGAGACUCUCUCCCAGUCCCCUCUGAAGGGCGUGACUAUCCCAUACUGGCCCAAGCCGUCCAGUUCCCCGGUCAUCUUUGCAGGUGGUCAGGCCUAUACCAUUCAAGGACAGUAUGCCAUUCCACAGCCAGAUUUGACCAAGCUGCACCAGUUGGCAAUGCAACAGUCUCAUUUCCCCAUGACGCAUGGCAACACCGGAUUCAGUGCAGGUUUGGAUGCAUCUGCUCAGACUACUUCUCAUGAACUCACCAUUCCAAACGAUUUGAUUGGCUGCAUAAUCGGGCGUCAAGGCGCCAAAAUCAAUGAGAUCCGUCAGAUGUCUGGGGCGCAGAUCAAAAUUGCAAACCCAGUGGAAGGAUCUAUUGAUAGGCAGGUUACCAUCACUGGAUCUGCUGCCAGCAUUAGCCUGGCUCAAUAUCUAAUCAAUGUCAGGCUUUCCUCGGAGACGGGUGGCAUGGGGAGCAGCUAGAACAAUACAGAUUCAUCCAUAAUCCCUUUCUGCUGUUCACCACCACUCAUGAUCCAUCUGUGUAGUUUCUGAACAGUCAGCGAUUCCAGGUUUUAAAUAGUUUAUAAAUUUUCAGUUUCUACACACUUUAUCAUUCACUCAUGAUUUUUUAAUUAAAGCGUUUUAAUUCCUUUCUCUGUUCAGCUGUUACUGCUGAGAUGCUGAGAUCCAUAUUUAGUUUUAUAAGCUUUUCUCUGGUUUUUUGUUUUUUUUGGGUUUUGUUGUUUUUUGGCUCAUGAAUUUUUUUUUGUUUGUUUGUCAUGGAAAUGUAAGAGUGGAAUAUUAAUACAUUUCAGUUUAGUUCUGUAAUGUCAGGAAUUUUUCAAAAAAAAUUAAAAGAUGGACUGGAGCUUUUUCUUUGUGAAUAGAAACUGGAUGCCACA